GACCAAUCGGGCUACCGUGGCCCGAAGGCGGUAGAGUAGACGAGUGAAGUAUGUAAUAAUGCGUGCAGGGGUUCUUCCGAACACGACGCAUCAGAUCCCAGGCAACAUAUUCGAACGUCCCGGACUGGGCUUCUAGAAACAUAUCCAUAUUAUCAACUCUUUCAAGUACCACAGCACCCUAAUACCACCACAAAGGAAGCAUAUUGAAGCAAAUAGCUUCUGGUCGAUAUAUAAAUCUCAUCAGCCAUACAUAACACGCUACUGCUAUUCAGUCGUUACAUACACUAGCUACACCCAGGCAUAACCAGGUGCUUUCCCCAUCGCCCCCGAAUAUCGACGGCCAUCGACAAUCAUCAUCCAUCCACGUCGAGCCCAUACGACCUCUCAAUACACACGCUCGAUCAAAGCGUGAUCCAUACAUUCAGUAUAUCUCCCUCCAAUACCGCCAAGCUGUCUUCGCCACUGCUCCUCCCUCGCACCAUCUCCUACGACGGGAGUUCAAACCCUCCUCGUCGAGGUGACGCAUAUCGAAACAUGUCGGAGGAAAAGACGGGGAGGAGGAGACGGUCGAGCAGUUUAUUAUACCAAGAACCUCCGGAGAGCAUAGAGCACAUGAGCGAUCAAGCUGCGCUGCCAAAUUUGAAUGCAAACUGGGUCAAUGCGAAAGGUGCAUGGACCAUUCACAUUGUUAUUAUUGCUUGCCUGAAGAUCUUCUACGACAUUAUCCCGGGAGUCUCGCAGGAAACCUCGUGGACACUGACAAACAUCUCAUACAUGUUUGGCUCAUAUCUGAUGUUCCAUUGGGUUCGCGGCGUUCCGUUCGAGUUCAACUCGGGAGCCUACGACAACCUGAAUAUGUGGGAGCAAAUCGACAACGGAGACCAAUACACCCCGGCGAAGAAGUUUCUGCUUAGCGUGCCUAUCGUUUUGUUUUUGCUCAGCACACACUACACACAUUACGACUUCACUUAUUUUACGAUCAACUUCUUGGCUGUCUUGGCGGUGGUGGUACCCAAGCUUCCAUCUAGCCACAGGAUGCGAGUUGGUUUGUUCUCGGGAGCACCGGAAGACAGGUAGCUGUUAGUUUAUAGCCUGUGUUAUUAGGAUAACUCGUCACUUCGGUAUCUGCCUCGAUGUUUCUAUAAUUUGUGGCUGCUGAAGCAUGCACCGGUCGGCCGCGGAAUAGAAAUGUUAUAUAGGU